AUGUCUGCAGACCACACGAGAGAUCCAUGUCCUAUUGUCAUUUUGAAUGAUUUUGGUGGUGCGUUUUCUAUGGGUGUCAUUGGUGGUUGCGUUUGGCACGGUAUUAAAGGUUUCCGUAACUCUCCUUACGGUGAAAGAGGAUAUGGUGCUAUUUCUGCCAUUAAGGCAAGAGCUCCAGUUGUAGGUGGUAACUUUGGUGUUUGGGGUGGAUUAUUCUCAACAUUCGAUUGUUCCGUCAAGGCUGUUAGAAAGAGAGAAGAUGCAUGGAAUGCAGUCAUUGCCGGUUUUUUCACUGGUGGUGCCUUAGCUAUCAGAGGUGGAUGGAGACACACAAGAAACUCAGCCAUCACAUGUGCUUGUUUGUUAGGUGUUUUCGAAGGUGUAGGUAUGAUGAUGCAAAGAUUCAUGGCUCAACCUACCAUGGCUCCACAGUAUCCAGACCAACCGUUAACUGCAUAA